UCGGCCGAGGGAGGAGCCCGAGCGGCAGCCAACGCCGCCGCCGCCCGCCCGCCCGGCCCGGGAGGAGGACCGGACCGCUAGCGGCUGGGAGCGCACGCGAGCUGGCCAUGGCCGCAGGGGCAGCGCCCUGAGCCCGUCCCGCGCGCGCGGGCCCGGCCGAGCAGGGGAGCGCCCUGGGAUGCCCCAGUGGCCCGGAGCGCAGGGAGCGGCAGCCGCGCGGUGACGGGGAGCGGCGCCCGCCGGACCCGCGACUGUGAGGCAUUGCUGCCGCCGCCAGCCCCCAUGGCCUACAUACCCGGUGGAGGUGCCCCAGCCUCGGGGGCGGCCCCCGUCGGCUCCCAGUACUGCGUGUGCAAGGUGGAGCUGUCGGUCAGUGGCCAGAACCUGCUGGACCGGGAUGUCACCUCCAAGUCCGACCCCUUCUGUGUCCUCUUCACAGAGACGGAUGGCAGGUGGAUGGAGUACGACAGGACAGAAACUGCAAUCAACAACCUCAACCCCGCUUUCUCCAAGAAGUUCGUGCUUGACUACCACUUUGAGGAGGUGCAGAAGCUCAAGUUUGCCCUGUUUGACCAGGACAAGUCAAGCAUGCAGCUGGAGGAGCAUGAUUUCCUGGGCCAGUUCUCCUGCAGCCUGGGCACGAUUGUCUCCAGCAAGAAGAUCACUCGGCCUCUGCUGCUGAUGAAUGACAAGCCUGCGGGGAAGGGCUUGAUUACGAUUGCUGCUCAGGAGCUGUCAGAUAACCGGGUCAUCACACUGAGCCUGGCGGGCAGGAAGCUGGACAAGAAGGAUCUCUUCGGGAAGUCAGACCCAUUUCUCGAGUUUUAUAAACCAGGAGAUGACGGCAAGUGGAUGCUGGUCCAUAGGACUGAGGUGAUCAAGUACACGCUGGACCCCGUGUGGAAGCCGUUCACUGUGCCCUUGGUGUCCCUGUGCGAUGGAGACAUGGAGAAGCCCAUCCAGGUUAUGUGCUAUGACUACGACAACGAUGGGGGCCACGACUUCAUCGGUGAGUUCCAGACCUCGGUGUCACAGAUGUGUGAGGCUCGCGACGGUGUCCCGCGGGAGUUUGAGUGUAUCAACCCCAAGAAGCAAAAGAAGAAGAAGAACUAUAAAAACUCAGGCGUCAUUAUCCUGCGUUCCUGCAAGAUAACCCGGGACUACUCCUUUCUGGACUACAUCCUGGGAGGCUGCCAGCUCAUGUUCACCGUUGGGAUAGACUUCACAGCUUCCAAUGGAAAUCCCCUCGACCCUUCCUCUUUGCACUAUAUCAACCCCAUGGGCACCAACGAAUAUUUGUCGGCCAUCUGGGCUGUUGGGCAGAUCAUUCAGGACUAUGACAGUGAUAAGAUGUUUCCAGCUCUGGGCUUUGGGGCACAGUUACCCCCAGACUGGAAGGUCUCCCAUGAGUUUGCGAUCAACUUCAACCCCACCAACCCCUUCUGCUCGGGUGUGGACGGCAUCGCCCAGGCAUAUUCGGCUUGCCUGCCCCACAUCCGCUUCUAUGGCCCCACCAAUUUCUCUCCCAUUGUCAACCAUGUGGCCCGGUUUGCAGCCCAAGCCACGCAGCAGCAGACAGCCACGCAAUACUUCAUCCUCCUCAUCAUCACGGACGGUGUCAUCAGUGACAUGGAGGAGACGCGGCACGCCGUGGUGCAGGCUUCCAAGCUGCCCAUGUCCAUCAUCAUCGUGGGCGUUGGCAACGCCGACUUCGCAGCCAUGGAGUUCCUGGACGGGGACAGCCGCAUGCUGCGAUCCCACACGGGAGAGGAGGCAGCCCGCGAUAUUGUGCAGUUCGUGCCCUUUCGAGAAUUCCGCAACGCGGCAAAAGAGACCUUGGCCAAAGCUGUGUUGGCAGAACUGCCCCAACAAGUUGUUCAGUAUUUCAAGCAUAAAAACCUGCCCCCCACCAACUCGGAGCCCGCCUGAGUGCCAGCCCUCACCCAGCAGCAGCAUGCCGGCUGGGCCUCCUGCCCUCCCCAGGAACAUGCACGCUCACCCUGCUUCCUUGUGGGUGGCCCUUUUUUUUUUUUUUUUUUUAAUGAUCCACAUUUUUAUUUUUUACAACCGGACUUCCACCCCCAACUUCCUCCAGCCCAGCUGGGCUUCCUUUGUUGGAGUUGACUGAUGAUGCUUCCAGGCCAAACUGGCUUCCUCUCCUCCUCUCCCCACCCUCUCCACUCUUAAGUAUUGAAUGUACUUUGUAUAAUUUUAGUGGAAUUAUUAUUAGAGAAUAAAAUUUUUACAAUCAUAAUUGGCUUUUUCCAAGUAACUAGCUGCAGACUCAAAGGAACGUGUCCCCGGUGCCUCUGUGGUAGCCUGCACCUAAUUCUCGCUGUUUUUUAUACUGUGACCAUGUUCUAUUUGUUAUACUCAGGGUAAUAAAGGAGUUUUGGAUGU